AUGGAGCUCGAGGUGCUGGCGCUCAAGGAAGGCAUCCAGGCUGCGCUCGAGGUGGGGAUACGAUGGGUUAACAUCGUCUCCGACUUCAAGGCGCUGCACAAAUAUAUGCUUGGAACUUGGCGUCCCACAAAGAACAAGAGUGAACAUUUGGUAAAUGAGGCUCUGUCACUAAUGAGGAAAUUCAAUCAUUGUGAAUUCUCACUUAUUCCACGCGGCCAAGUCGGUUACGCAACAAAAUUAGCAACAGAUUUGGUAGGCACCAAGAAGAGAGAGGCCUGCAAGAGAGAGACCUGCACCAUCUGCUUGGAAGACACUGAUGUUUCCAAGAUUCACGCAGUUGAAGGCUGUGCGCAUCGGUUUUGCUUGUCCUGCAUGAAAGAGCAUGUGAGAGUUAAGCUGGGCGAUGGAACGCUCCCAGCUUGUCCACAAGAUGGCUGCACUACCAAGCUAACCGUGGAGGGUUCAAAGAUAUUCCUGUCGCCCCAACUGUUAGAGACCAUGGCGCAACGCAUCAGGGAAGCACAAAUCCCUCCCACUCAGAAGGUUUACUGCCCGAAUUCCAGGUGCUCAGCCUUAAUGUCCUCGAGUGAAGCGAUACACCCACUGCAAGAACCUGCUGCUGGAGCCGAGACGUUGGGGAAGUGCGUGAAAUGCGGGCGCUUGUUCUGCGUCAAAUGUAAGGUCCCAUGGCAUUACGGGAUAAGUUGCGUUGACUACAAGAGAAGGUACCCUCAUGCUCUACAGAACCUUGCACAGCGGCGGUCGUGGCGCCAGUGCGUCAAAUGCAAGCACCUGAUCGAGCUCGCUGAGGGUUGCUACCAUAUCACCUGCGUGUGCGGCUAUGAGUUCUGCUACACCUGUGGGAAAGAAUGGAAGGACAAGAAGGCGACCUGCUCCUGCCUUUUGUGGGAUGAACGCAAUAUAAUCCGUGACCGAGGAGGGCGACGAUGA